AUGAAGGACAAACUUGGCUCGAUACGGACAGACAUUCAAAGACAGAGCGGUAGCGCGGUUGCUGCCGCCGGAGAGCGCAGCGAUCGACGUGGCACCUUGGAGCGCUGGCGCGAGCAGGCGCGGUCCAGGCCCGCCCGAGGGCGGGCCUGGACCGCGGCCGGCCGGCUUGAGGCGGUGGUGACCACGGCGGCGAUGAACGAGGCCGAAUUGAGCGCGUGGUGUCGCUCGCACGGUGUGUACCCACAGGAUCUGGCGAAGUGGCGCGCAAGUGCCACGACGGCGCUGGCCGCGCCCGAGGAACUGCGAGCCAGCCCGCAGGCCACGCGGGCCGACCGCAAGCGCAUCAAGGAACUCGAGCGCGAGUUGCUGCGCAAGGACCGCGCCCUGGCGGAGACGGCAGCGCUGCUGGGGAGAGGACGAAUGAUCGGCCUCGAGGAUCGCCAAUGCCUGUCCCAAGAAAUCGGUGUUGCGCAUGCCGCAGGCGCACGGCUGCACCAGGCUUGCGAGGUCGUCGGCAUCGACCUUCGCACCCUGCAGCGCUGGAAGGCGCAAGAAGGCCUCACAGCGGGUGAUCGCAGGCCUCACGCGGUGCGCCCGCUGCCCAGCCAUGCCCUGAGCGACAGCGAGCGCGCUGAGAUCGUCCGGGUGGCCAAUGAGCCGCGCUUCGCAGCCGUGCCGCCGGCAC